AGCUUGGCAGCAGAGGCGGCCUCCGCGGCGGGUGCGCCCCGCGGCGCCGCCGCCGCCACCCUGUCGCCUUCCCGCCGCCUGCUGGUGCUGUGUGCCAACCUGGCAGCGGUACGCGGCCGCCUGCUGCCGGCGCAGUACGCGCGGUGGGCGGCACUGCUGCAGGCGGGCGGCGGCGGCAGGGAGCUGCAGGCGGCGGCGGCGGCGGCGGCGGCUGAGCUGGAGGCGGUGGAGACGCGCCUGGCUGCCGCCUACAUCGACCGCAAGCAGGCGGUACUGGACGAAGCCAUGGAGCAGCUGCUGUUUGCCGACGGCACGGCGUGGGAGGCCGCGCCGCCGCCCGUCGCCCUGCGCCCCGCGGCGCUGGACCUGGUGCACGCCGUGGUGGCGGUACAGGCUGAGCUGGCGGCUGUGGCCCCCUCCCUGCUGGCGGAGGCUCUGGAGGAGCUGCUGCUGGGAACGCUGGAUGGCUUUACGCAGGUGCUCAGCCAGGGCGUGCCCCCCGCCUCCCCUGGCGGCGUGCUGCAGCUCUGGCUAGAGGCCGCCUUCCUGCUGGCCGCCGUGGGCGGGCUGGGCGGCGGCAGCGAGGUGCUGGCAGCGGCCGGACGGCGCCUGCGUGCCGCCGCAGACGCGCGGCUGGAGGCGGCGGUGGCCGCGGCGGCGGCGGGUGCGGCGGCCGGGGAGGAGGCGGCGGAGCAGCUGGCCGCGUGGGCGGACGGCGGGCAGCCCACGGCGGCGGCGUGUCGGCUGCGGCUGGAGGCGAUGUGCGAGAAAGCGCAGGCGGGCGCGCGCGCCAGCCUGGCGCCGCUGCAGCAGCUGGCGGCGCCGAGGCGCUGA